GAAUGGUGGCCCUCUUCCGCACAGUGGUGGGCGUGAGCAUCGUAAGCGGCCUGCUAGUAGUCUUGCUGUGGUCGGAGCAGCAGGUGGGCGUGAAGACCCCCGCCCACACCCACUUCCACGCCCACGCGAGAGGCAUUCCGGACUCUUCGCUGGCGGAGGGAGAGGGCGGCCCUGAAGAGGAAGAAUUCGAGACCGUGACGGAGCGCCUGGAGCCCCGCCUCCCGGCCUUUCCCAGCAACGAGCACACGCCCAUCAACAGCACCGUGACCUUCACCACGAAGAGGAGGGCGUCCAUCUCCUUCAGGAGCGCCACAGGUUUUCCUCCAGUGGUCGAGAGAGGCUCUGGAAUCUCCUCUUCCUCAUCCUCAUUCUCGUUGUCAUCCUCGCCGUCCUCCUCCUCCAGCUCCACGCCGUCCUCGAACCACAGCGGCGACUCCUCCGAGGCCAAACUUGUGUUCACGAUCGAGCAGGAGCCGUCGAGCGGGAGCGGCGCCGGGAGCGACGGGGCCUCGGGCGCCUCCGCGGGGCCCUUUUCCCCGAAGAUCUAUGUCAUCACGCCCACGUACCGACGCCCGGAGCAGGUGGCCGAGCUCACGCGGUUGUCUCAGACGUUGAUGCUGGUUCCGAACCUGCACUGGCUCGUCGCCGAAGACGCCGUGGCGCCCACCAGACAAGUCCUUGCCUUCCUGGACUCCUGCAGCGUGCCGCACACCUAUCUCUUGGGAAGGGCGUCAAGGCGGUACAAGGGCGCGAGCAAACCCAGGGGCGUGAGCAACCGCAACGCAGGACUCAAGUGGUUGAAGGCGCACGCUUCCGAGGGCGUCAUUUACUUCGCCGACGACGACAACACCUACGACUACAGGAUCUUCCAGGAGAUCCGCGUGACGCGGCGGGUGUCCAUGUUCCCGGUGGGCCUGGUGACUCGCCUUGGUGUCUCCUCGCCUAUCGUCGCCGAGGGCAAGGUCAUCGGCUUCUACGACGGCUGGAUCGCCGGCCGCAGGUUCCCCGUGGACAUGGCGGGCUUCGCCGUCAACCUCAAAUUUUAUCUUGAGAGGAACGCGCCCCUGAUGCCUUACAGCGUGGGGUUUGAAGAGGACGGCUUCCUGAAGGCACUCAACUUCAGCCCCGGCGACAUCGAGCCGCUGGCCGACAACUGCACCAAGAUCAUGGUGUGGCAUACGCGGACGGUCAAGAGCCUGCCAGCCGUCAAGAUGCCAGACUCAGACAAGGUCCUGAAGACCAACCUUCGGCGCCUCAGGAGUCAGAUGGUUUUCCAGAUGCCUUUCGGGAUUUCCUAGAGCCGAGUCAGUCGGGGUGAAGCACCUGCGUUUAUAGCAAUGUCUAUCUGUUCGUCGUCCUGACUGGUUAUUGUUCACCUUCUGUUUGUAAUCGUUACGAGUGGUUAUUCCCCCAUUUUAUUCGUCAUUAUCAUUAUUCACUUACUACUUGUAUUUAUUAUUCGCCUUUUAUUCGUUAUUGUUAUUGUUGCUUAUUUGCUUUUUUUAUUGGUUAUUAGGUUAUCAAUAGUUAUUCACUGUAUAUGUUAAUUAUUCAUAUUAUUCAUUCUGUUAUUUCAUUGUCAUUAUUUAUUUUAUUUUUAUGCGAUCAUUUGAUUUUAUUAAUGCUAUUUGUUUUCAAGUUCGGUUCCUCUUAACGUCUUUUGUUUCUUGAAUUAUCUAUUACUUUGUUCAUUUACCUAUUCAAGGAAAAUUUGACAAUUUUU